CUCUGACUCUCUCCACACAUCCUAACAAACAUCCUGUGUUUGUUUUGCCUCUUUCUGAUGACAUCUGACAGAAAUUCGUUAUAAGGAAUAAAAUCUUCUCCCCUCAGGGGAUGUCACCCCCCUCACCCCACCCCGUUCACCACCACUGUCACCCUGUUGAGCAACUACAACCUUGUGUGAGACGCCAAUCAUUGCAGUUACCAUGGAAACCGAGGCGGCGCUGCAGCCGCAUCAGCAGCAGCUGAGGAGGAGAGCCGAGCUCAGAGCGCCUCUCAGUCAGAGAAACAGAUCGGAUCAGCCGGACAGAACCAGGUUCCCAGGUGUUUAAUCUCAGCAGCUGAUGGUUCAUCACAGCCUAAUUGUGUGCAGAAGAGCUGAAACGCCUCGAGCGAGUGGGAGAACAUUUAGCUUCUUCUUCUUCUUCAAGGAGACCCAACAUGGCAGCCGAGGGCGGAGAAGACGUCCAGAAUGAAGAAAGAGUGGGACUGAAGAGGAAGCCGACAGGUCCGCCGAGGCUCCUGCUGGAAAGAACCAGAACCAGAAGCGCGGGGGAGGACAGAUUGGAAACUAAACUGACUGGGAACAUUGAGGAAACAUCAGCCACAUGUUCAGAUGCUCCAGCUCUGAGUGAAGGUGAGCUAACCUGCAGGGGGCGCCAAACUGCUGCUGGAAAAAGGAGGAGACGCAGGUGGUGGAGCAGGUUCUCCUCAGCAGUGGUUUGUAUCAGAAGACAUGAGGAGGACACUGGGAGUAUGGUGAGUCCAGCAGAGGGGGCGCUACAGAAGCAUGAUGGCGUUCUACUCAAAGACAGAGAAGAAAGCACAGAGACAGAUCUGAAGAAGAUGAGAAACAUAUUUAAGAAAUUCAUUACCUCUCCUGACGUUCAGCAACAUCCUGAUCUGAACAGAAAGAGCAAAUCUUCACCAAGCUUCCAGACAAAACUCCAGAAGUUCUUUGUCAGAGCAGGAAAGAGACGAACCGUUCUGCUGGGAACCAUGGAGGAUAGGAAGGUGGAGGAGGAUCAGCAUACUUCCAAACUCACUGAGCUUCCUGAUGGUCAUCCAGAGGUUCAGAGGUUUCUCCAGCAAACAGAGCAUCAGGAUUUAGCCGAGGAGCCAGAAUCACCUACAGAAAUCCAAGACAAGGAUGCUGAAGUUGGAUCAGAGAUGAUUCAAAGGGCUCAUAUAAGUCAGGUUCUGGUGCAAGAUGUUUCCUCAGAAGAGGAUGAGGUUCUGUUUGACUCAGAGCUUGUUGUGGACCUCCAUCAUCAACCCCCAUUUGAGUUCUCCUCAGAAGAGAAGAUAUUCCAAGCAUCCCGCCCCUCUCAACCUUCCACCAACAGACCCUCCAUCCGGAUCGAGCUCUAUCCUCCAGAUGACAUCUCUCAGGAGGAAGAGGAGGAGGAUGAAUGUUGGGAGGGUGUGUCCUCCUCAGAGAACCAACUCCUUCACCUGCUCUGCUAUGACGACAGCGAGCGGCAACUUCUUCAGGUGGCUCACUCGCUGGUCAGAACCGCUGUGACCGCCGCUGUGGACCAGCUGACCAGAGAGCAACAAAGCAAUGGUAACUCGAUCCAUGAGGAGCCACAGGGCUGCAGGUGAUGGUCCAAGAGUGAACACCAAGCUCUGGAAAGGAGAUCUAAGACAGCGUCUGAUGCUCAAAGCUCAUGUAGAAUAACACUGCCUUAGCAUUUCUGAAACAAAUACCUGGACAAGUCUAAAUAUUCAAUAGGUUUGCUGUUAAAAAGAAUAUGUGGAUGUUCAUGAGAUGUUGCACCUGAUUCAGAAAUGACGAUUCAAGUUUGAGACUCCGACUCAAGUCACACUUACGUCACCAAAACAAGACUUCAGACUUGACUUGAAAAUCUACUCAACCUUAAAUUUACUUUUAAGUUUCUCUAAGAUUAUUCUAUACUAAAGAAAAAGAUUUCAAAACAUAAUCUGAUAAUCUAAUGAUAUCCAAAGGUACUAAAAUUGAGAUUUUGAAAU